AAAAAAUCAAAGGUUACUUCAUAUUUGAUCAUCGAUAACGUUUGAAAUGAAAGCUCAAUACUGAUUAAAAAUUUAUAAAGUUAUAAUAUUAUAAUAUAUUCGUAUUAUUUCUCUGUUGGCAAAAUGGACACUCAUGAGUUACAUAUACGUUAAAAAAAUCAUACACUCUUAUAUAGUCGGAUAUUUAUACUUCGAUACCGAGUUAUUUUUAUAAUUAAACUUAAAAUAAAUAUUCGCAAAAGAAUCGAAAUAAUUAUUAAACAUUAAGUAAAUAUGUUUAAACGUAUAACAAUUGCGUAUAUUUAUAUGGAUUAAUAAAUGUUAAUAUCAGUGAUCGUCAACUAAGUUGACAAAUGUUCGGUGCUUUUUUUUUUUUUUUAUUAGUGCUAAUUAAUUCAAGGAAUGUAUAAAAUAUUAUGACAAGCGUCAUAUACACAGUGUUAAUGAAAUUCAGGUCAAUUGAAAACUUAUUAUUAUAAUUUGAUAUUUCUAUCAUUGUAUACAUUUAUUAUUCCAAUUGAAAUUUCUUCGAUUUAACCUACAAAAACUACUUAAUGCUUGCAAAAGUAUACAUGGACGUUAAUACAGUUUUAACUAUUACGACGAAUUUUUCAAAAUGUUGGAAGGACUUGUAGCCUGGGUACUAAAUACUUAUUUAGGAAAAUAUGUAGAGAAUUUAAAUACAGAUCAAUUAAGUAUUGCACUCUUGUCAGGAGAAGUAGAAUUGGAAAAUUUACCUUUAAAGCGUGAAGCAUUGCGUCAUAUUGGUUUACCAAUUGAAAUUAAAUCUGGAUUUAUUGGAAAAAUUAGAUUGCAAGUACCAGUUAGGCAAAUAAGGACUGCGUCAUGGGUCAUAGCAAUAGAACAAUUGUAUGUAGUAAUAGGACCAAUUUCUAUAGAUGAGUAUGAUAAUGAAGCAGAGGAACAAGCGCUUUUGGAAUAUAAGCUUAAUCGAUUAGAUUCUUUAGAAGCAAGAUGGAGAGCUGAUACAGAUAGAGAUCCUGGCUAUUAUGCUACUAGUUAUAGUUCUUGGUUGAAUUACGGCACUUCUUUAGUAACAAAUAUUAUAGAAAAUUUACAAUUAAAUAUAAAAGAUGUUCACAUAAGAUAUGAAGAUGGAUUGACAUUAUCAAAUGAUGGUGCCAUUACUUUGGGUAUUACAAUAGGUGCAUUGACUGCACAAAGUUGCGAUGCCAGUUGGAUACCAGGUUCCACUUCAUGGAAUCUUACAGAUGCAUCAUUUAAACUUAUGGAACUUGAUAGGCUCUCUAUUUACUGGAAUUACGUGAAGAAAGAACAACUUUUUAGUCAUCUUAAUCUUGGUGAUCUAGCUAUUGCUAUGAAUGAAACAAAAAAUUUAAUUAGAAACCACAUUUUAUCACCUGUGAGUGCAAGAGCUCACAUCAAAAGAGAUAGAUCUGAACGUCCAUUAAGAUCUUUAAAUAAACCAAGGAUUAUAGUGGAUCUAUUGUUGGAUGAGGUACCAUUAGUUCUCACAGAUGAAGCAUAUGAACAAAUUGUUGAAUGCAUUAAACAAUUGGAGGAUAUAGAUCGUCGAAAACAACAAAGACGAUGUCGACCGAAUGUUUCUAUUAGUACUGCACCUAAAGAAUGGUGGAAAUAUGCUGCACGAUGUCACAUUGGUAGAGAAACUUUAAAACCUCAAUUAUCUUGGAAUGAUAUACUUGUUAGAGGCAAAGAAAAUAUUAUUUACGUCGAAGCAUGCACUAAAUUACUAGGUACACCAACAUCUAUUUUGCCCCCAGAAACUAAACAUAUAAAAGAGAAAGUCGAACAAGAACGUAGUUUCGAAGAGCUUAAAGCAUUAAGAGAAAUAGCUAUGUUUAAAGUUAGACCUCCAAAACUUGCACAAAAUUCAAAUGUCAAUGUUCCUCAAGCACGUGGGAUAUUAGUGCAAUGGUUUCCACAAUGGUGGGGCUGGUAUUCAAAGACAUCACAUAGUGAUACCAAAAAUAUAUCAUCAACCUUUGAUGGUGAAUUAUUGGAUGUAUUGACUGAUACAAUGGAUGACACUCUAUUAUGUCGCGAUACAGUUUUUGGUCAAUUUAAUUUCACUUUAUCAAAGGGAGCAAUAUCUCUUUCUACUGCAGAGAAGGGUAGUGAUAAUACAAGGACUAGAAUAGAAUUGCAAUUUGAACGAGUUAAUUUAAUUUAUGAGUCCAGACCUAGAUCUGGAUCUCAUAAAUUUUCUAUAAGUUUAGGUGCCUUAUAUCUUCGCGAUUACUUAACAGAUAACUCUACUUUUCCUAUAUUGAUACAACCUCAAGUUAUAAGUACAUCUCGUACACGUGGUUCGUCUGAAAAAUUGAUAAAGCAUGUGCCACAACAAUUAUUUGAAUUAAUUUAUGAGAAAAAACCAUUACACUUGUGUACAGAUCAUUCUUUACAUGUUUAUUCAAAAUCUUUGGAUGUGGUGUAUAAUCCAGCUGUAAUACAUUGGCUUAUUGAUUUUAUGUGCAAACCACAUAGAGAUUCGUCAAAUCAAAGAUUACAAGCAAUGAAACGAAGAACGCGGCGUCAACUUAUCAAAAAUUGGGAACAAAUUUUGGAUGGAGAAUUUGUUUAUCGUUCGUCCUGGGAUUUACAAUUCAAUAUCUCUGCUCCACAAAUUUUACUUGUAGAAAAUUUUAUAGAUUCUAAUGCAGCUGUAGUGGUUGUUGAUUUUGGAAAGUUACGUUUAUCAAAUAACAUAGAAAGCAUCGAAGCACCUAUAAAAGCAGGUUCGACGAAUAGUGAUGAUGAAGAUGAAAGAUUUGAAACUCCAUGUUCAACACCACCUGGCAGUCAAGAAAAUGGUUCCAUACAUGAUUUUCAAGGUUUAUCAGAAGCUGCAUUGCAUCAGAAGCUAUAUGAUCAUUAUUCCGUCGAUUUGGUAGAUUUACAAAUCUUAGUAGGAAAGGUAAAAGACAAUUGGAAACAUGUUCGAUCUAGGGGAACAUCUACCUUACAUGUUUUAGAAAGAUUCAAUAUAUCUUUACAAAUUGAGAGAAGAGUUGUUACUACGUCAGAUCCAAAUUUUCCAUCUGUAACAGUGUCUGGAAAUUUACCAAGAUUGGUAGUACAUGUAAACGAACAAAAAGUUGAAGCAAUUCGUUUGAUGUAUAAUUUAUUAUCAAGCUUUCCUGCAUCAGCCAAUGCUCCACAAUCGGAAAUAAUUAAUAUGGAACCUGAAAGUCCUAAAAAAGGAGAAAUUGCCGAAGAACGUACUGUAAGCCAUGCUAUGAUGGUUCAAUUUAUUAUCAAUCAAAUGACAUUCGAAUUACAAUCACGAGGACGUAGUGUUGCAGAAUUACAAGUAUCUGGCGUUAGAGCAGCUUUAAGUAAAAGAACGGUGGAUUUGAGUGCCUCAUUAUUGGUUCACGGAUUGUUGUUAGUAGAUGCACUUCAAGAAUUUGGUCCUGAUUUCGAAUUGCUGGUUGCUAGUCAUAAACACGUCGGUAUGGAUAGCGUAUCUGGAAGUUUGAGAGAUUCUGAACCUACAUCUCCAGUCUCGCCGGUAUCACCUGGAUCCCCAGAUCCUUCAAUUUCUAAAAAAUUAACCACUCCAGUUGCUCUCACUCAUGCUUUGUUUAAUUUAGCUAAUCUUAGCUCUCCUAGAAAUAGUUUCUUUAUUGGAUUGGAUAAACUGGAUACAGAAGCUUUAAUUAUUGUAGAAUUAACACUGGUUUAUGAUCCUUUGGAAAAUUUAAGAGUGGCAAAUAUACAAUUUAAUAAUUUGGAUAUCAUUGCUAAUCAAGAAACGAUCGUAGAACUAAUGGGAUUUUUUCGAAGAAUUUUACCAUCACGACAAAUAAAGCCUGGAUUGAUCGAAAGACAAGAAUCAUUAUCACAUCAAGAUACAGGAUCAAAAGUAGCAACAAGAACAGAAAUUACUUUUGAUUUUCAUAGAUUGAACGUAUUACUUCUUCGAGCUGUUAUGCAAGAUAAUCAUUUAAUUGGUCAAAAAGUUGCAACCGCAACGAUGUCGGAUGCACGAAUACAAGCUACUUUGGCAACAGAAACAUCUAUUUCGGGAUCUCUCGGAGGAUUACAAGUAUUAGAUCAAACUACUAUUGGUAAAGUUCAUCAGAGAAUUUUAAGUGUUGGCAGAGAUCCCUUGGCCGAAUCGCCACAGCAAUUGGCCGAAUAUUUUGCAAAUAUAUCGGAUCAAUUAGAAGCAUUUCGAUUUUCAGCUAAACGUAAUACUAUAUAUCAUCAACAAGAGCUCGUAGAGACUGCAGUUGAUCUAACAAUACGUGUUGGAAGUGUGUGGUACACACACGCGCCACAUUUAUUAUCGGAAUUACGUUCAUGCGCCGAUGAAUUUAAACAAUACUUGAGUAAUCUAGCUAGACAAAUUAGUGCAGCAGCAACAGAUAUGGCGUUCGGUUUAGUAAAUGCAGAAGAUUGGUCGAUCCCACCACGCAAACGUUUACCUAGUCUUUCAAUGUCUUUAGAAAAUUCUGGCACUUUGUCUUUAAAACUGGAUAUAGUAUUGGACAGUCCAGUGCUUGUAAUUCCACGGUCGUCGCAUAGUACACAAGUGUUUGUUGCACACUUAGGUACAAUGUCACUUCAACAUGAACCUCAGCCUAGUUCUAUGAUGAAACAUAGAAUAACUUUGGAAGUUCGAGAUAUAAAUUUAUAUUCUCUUGAAACUACUGCAAAUAUUAAUCAAGUUCAUAAUAAUUUACCUUUGAGGGCUGAGGAAAUGUAUUCUUGUAAAGAGUAUGGCAAGCCAAUAUUACAUGACACAUUGUUGAAGAUUAUAGUUGAAAAGGAAAACACAUUGACACAGAGUUCUAAUUAUUUAUUAGACGCAGAAUUUGUAAAUAAUCCGAUAGUUCAAGUUCAUGGGGUUGUCUUGACACCUUUAAAAGUUUCAUUAUCACGCGGGCAAUAUGAACAAUUAUUGGAUACCAUGAACAGAUUAAUGUCAAUGCCUACUAGUACACCGGUGAUACAAACAUCACAUAAUUUACAAAAAACAUCAAUUUAUUCUGAAAAAUUGGAUUUAUUUAUAAAAGUAUUGUUCGAGCUACCUAGCUUAAGUAUUGAAUUAAAACAAGCUCAUUCUGAACAACCAUUAGUAGAAUUGUCAAUGCGAGAUUUUGUUGCAAAAUAUGAAAAAUUACAGAGAAACGAAUCAACUAUGCAAGUUUCUUUACGUUCUCUUCUCAUGGAAGAUCUUCUUUGUCCUAUUGGAUCGCGACAUCGAUAUAUGAUGCAAUCAUCAGCUCCAGCUCGAGCCAAGUUACCUACUGGUGUAUCUAAAUCUUGCCCUGAUCUAGCUAUUGUCCAACAAUUUAGAAGCGAUUAUGGAAGAGGAAGUUUACCAGAUAGAUUAGAAGCAGAUACUUUAUUUGGGACAAUUCCUGCACAUUGGCGUAGAACUCCGCCAUCUUUAAUCGGCACUCCGAAUACACCACCACCAUCGCCUGGACUAAUUACAAGUGAAGAAAAUUUAGUUCUAAUAAAUAUCACAAUGAUAGAACCAGACAGUGAUUAUGAAGGAACACAUUAUUUCCAAAAAAUGGUUACUGUAGACUUUAAUUGCUUAGACUUAGUAAUAAGUGUGGAGUCAUGGAUGGUCGUAUUUGACUUUUUUGGAAUAGCAGGACCAUCAGAGACAAAUCCUAAAAUUUAUGCACAUCAAGUACCUACAGAACUAGAGGAAACAAAUGAUAUUUUCGAUAUUCCUUCGAAAUCGGAAUUUGAAAUAGAAGUGAGAUCUCUUACUUUGGUAUUAAUACAAUCAGAUCGUGAAAUUGCUAAAGCAAAUGUAUCAAAUGCCAGUAUGGUUAUUGUAAAAGCAGAUGGUAAAACAAAAAUAUCUGGAUCUUUAGGUUCGAUGUCGUUGCUCGAUCUGACGCCACAUGGCAGAUAUUACAGAGAGAGAUUUCUUUCAUCUGGUAGAAAAGCAUUGAAUGUUCAAUACACAAGUUACAUUGAUUCCAAAGAAAGAUCGUAUGACGCUCGAUUAAAAUUGGAAAUGUCUGCCGUUCAUUACGUGCACACGCAACGAUUUGUAGCGGAACUUCAAGCCUUUUUUGGUCAUUUUUCACAACUUUGGACUAUUAUGGCAAAUUUACGAGCCGACACUGGAGUCACAAUAGAUACUAAAACUAGAAGCAUGCGUUUGUCAUUAGAAUUACAUGCUGGAGCUCCAGUAAUAUUGCUUCCAGUUAGCUCGACGUCUAAAGAAUUAAUCUUAUUAGAUCUUGGAGAAUUAACAGUUCAAAACAGUUUUGAAAGUUCUUCAGUUAUUGAAGAAUGUCUCUUAGAUGUUACACUUUUAGAACUUGUUAAUAUGGAUGUUUAUGCAGCAGAAAGAAUAACAGCUAAAUAUGAUGAUCAAGAAAGUUUAGAUGCACUAAUGGUUGGAGGAUUUUUUAUCAAAAAGAUUGGAUUAUCUUUGCUCACUGAAAUGUGUCAUUUAAAUCUACAUAUUGAACGAAAUUUGGAUGUUCAUAUAAGUAGAGAAAUUCCAGAUUUAAGUAUACAUGGUGUACUUUCAACAAUGGACUGUGCUUUGGAUCCUGCUCAAUAUAUGCUAAUCCGUGGUUUACUGUCUUAUAAUAUUGGAGAAAAUUUAGACGAUCUACGUUUAUACAUGCAAGAUUUAGAUGAUAAGGUAGAUUAUUCUAUGCCUACCACAGAUAAUCAAGAGAAAGUUUGGACAAAAUCGUGUAUAACUCUUGAACUUGUAAAUGUAACAGUAAAGUUACACCCCAAUCAUGGUAUUGCAGCUUUAGCAUGUAUCAAUUUUAUAAAAUCAAUGCUGACUUUGGAUUCUUUAAGUGAUGGAUCACAGGAUAUUGAUUUAGUCUCUCAAGAAAUAUUGAUUACCGAUAUGCGAUUUCAGGAUGAACCUGCUAAUAAACGUUCAAAUGUUUUUACAAGUAUUUUGCAGCCAUUAAAAGAUUCUACUAAUAUUCAGGACCGUGUACAAGCCGAAGUACAUCAUAGAAGACGUAAUAAUAGUGCUACAACUACAGUUCUUUUACAUAGCAUGAGACUUACAGCAAUUCUUGAUUGGUGGGAAGCUGUAAGAGAUUUUGUAAUGUUGAAUUCACCUGAACCCGACCCAAUUCUAGGAAUGACUCAAGUAACUGUCUGUCAAGACAAUAGUAAUUUUUCUUUAAAUAUAUUACCAGUAGAGAUAAAAGUGAAUAUAACAGACUCUGAAUUAGUUUUUGUUGAGGAUACAUCAGUAUAUGAUACUAAUGCUGUAAUAUUAAAGUGUACAGCUGUUAUAGCAUAUAGGACUGUACCACAAGAAGAUGAAAAGCCAUUAUCAUGUAACUUGUCACAUUGUGAAUUAUUCUCUUGUAUUUUGGGAUUGGAAGAAGAAACUGCUUUAUCUAUUAUUGAUCCUGUUGGUGCUAGUAUAGAAUUAACACAACAAAAAUGUCUAGAAAUUCAACUUCAACCCUUAUGUGUCAGAUUAAGCUAUCAUGAUGUAACUAUGUUUUCUAGAAUGUUAAAUUCAUUACCAAAACAGACAUUAUGGGCUAAACAGAGAUCACAUGAAUUAUUAAAUAAUAUGGAAAAUCAAAUAUCAAAAUUAAAUGCUCUUGGGUUUACGGAAACAGAUUGUAAAGAUGCAUUAGAACGAUGCAACGGCCAAUUGGAUGAAGCGGCAUUGUGGUUAACGCAAAAUGCAAUACCAAAUUCUGAUGUUACUUCGAAAAAUGAAUCUAUGUUUACUGUCAUAGAAGUACAAACAACAUGUGCCAGAAUAUGUGUAAUAGAUGAUUGUAGAGAUGCAGAUGUUCCACUUAUGGAGUUAACACUUAUUGAUUUAUCAUGGAGACAAACAGGUGCAUUGAUAUUACAAGGACAGGGCUCAAUAUCUGCAACAUUUGCCAUUGAUUAUUACAAUAGAGUACUUUGUGGUUGGGAACCAUUUAUUGAGCCAUGGAAUGCCAAUCUUCAAUGGGAACAAAUGCUUACUAAUUCCCUUGAUCCAAAAAGACUGGAAGUAUUUAUUCGUUCCCAAGACUCUGUAAAUGUCAAUGUAACAUCUACAUUGGUAGAACUUGUUCAGUUAGUUAAGCACAAUUGGACACAAGAUUAUUAUUUAUCUAGUAGAGAACAUGGUGUAAAUAAAUCAACAGUAAGUGGACAAGGAUAUCGCCGUCGGUCACCCUUUAUUCCGUUUGCUUUAAAAAAUGAAACUGGAUCCAAAUUAUGGUUUAAAACUUUCAUUGCCACAGCGGAUAAUAUAAAGGACAUUGGCAAAAACUUUAAGUCAAAGAGUAUUCUACAAAAAGAUGAAACGUGGAUGGAAGUAACACCGGGAAAUACAAUACCAUUUACUUUUGAAGGAAGAGGAAAAUUGCGUCAUUAUGCUACGCAUAUCGAAAGAAGACAUCAAGUAGCAGUAGUCGUCGAUGGUUGGACAGCAGUAGAUCCGGUAACUGUUGAUCGCGUUGGUAUAUAUUUUCGACACGCAACCGUUGAUGUCCUAAAGAAUCAGAUGAUAUCUUCAAAAACCAGAAUAGUUUUUGAUGUUGAAUUAGAAGGUUCUGCUAGGAAAUUGAUCACAGUUAGAUCAGCUUUGCAAAUAAAUAACAAAUUGGCAUAUUCGGUUGAAAUUAAGAUGGAGAAGUCCUUAAAUCCAUUUGGAUAUUUGCCACUAAAUUCAUCGAUCAGUGGUAAAAUUAUCCAAAUACCUGCCCAGUCUGUAAUUUCAGUACCUUUAGGGCACAUUGGCAUGCAGAUGAGUUUUAGACCAGCAUUUCCAAACAAUUUAUUUCAAUAUUGCAUUGAACCAAUUGAUUGGACUAUUAUUAAAAAACCGUCAGAAGUUACUGAAAGUCAUAUUACCUGCAAAAGUAAUCAAUCCAAUAUAUUUAGGAUGUGUAUAGCUGUAAAACGUGAUAAUUAUCCCAUUGAUACUGGUCAAACAUUGCCAGCACAUACAAUAAUAAUAAUGGCACCGAUCACAUUGACCAAUUUACUACCAUAUGAGUUGUUAUAUGAAGCAGGUAUAGAAAGUGGUAGAAUCCGACCUGGUGGCAAUGCUGAUUUACACUGUCCAAAUAUUGAUGAGCAAUUAGAAAUAAUAAUACAUUUAGAAGGUUAUCCUGGUACAGGAACAAUAUUUUUGCCACAAAACAGUGGUUCCUUUACAGCACGUCUUAAAUUGACGGAUGCUAAUAGUAGAAUAUUAUUUUUGUAUGCAUCUAUUAUUGUUGAGAAGGGUUCUGCAGUGCAAAUUAACAUUACUUCACCAUAUUGGAUUAUUAAUAAAACGGGCUUGCCACUUGUCUUCAAGCAAGAAGGUGUUGGAUUUGAAGCAGCUGGUCAGUUUGAGGAACAUGAGAAAGCAAGAAUGGUUGCACCAUUAUUGUUUUCCUUUAGUGAUGAAGAAGCUAGCAGAACUUUAUCAGUAAGAGUAGGUGCUGGAGUUCAUUCAAAUGGUGUACCACAAUGGUCUCAACACUUCCACUUACAACCUGGAAUACAGGUACAUCGGCUUAGAGUGACAUUACGUGAAAAUAGACCUGACAUCGUAUAUCUUAUUAGUGUAGCAACGCGUACAGCUAGAGGACGGUAUAGAGCUACAACAGUUGUUACAUUGUCACCACGGUAUCAAUUGCAUAAUAGAUCUUCUUAUACUUUGGAAUUAGCACAGAGAUGUUUCACUACUACAGUUAGUCAUCCAGAUGCUCAAGCAACAUAUAUAACAUCAAUGCCUGAUUGUCAUAUGCCAUUUCAUUGGCCAAGACUCGAUAAAGAUUUAUUACUAUGUGUUCGAAUUAAAAAUUUACCAAAUUGUAUGUGGUCAGGUGGUAUUAAAUUAGAUGAUAAUUAUUCUCUAACAAUCAACAUUAGAGAUGCAAUAGGAAAAAUGAAUUUUUUACGAGUUGACGUUGUACUGCAAGAAAGUACAUAUUUUAUUGUAUUUACGGAUGCAGACACAAUGCCACCUCCUAUAAGAGUUGACAAUUUCUCUGAAGUUCCAUUGAUAGUAAAUCAGAUGUCUGUACCUGGUAGUUUAGAAUGGAGUGUAAGACCUCAUUCGUCUGUACCGUAUGCAUUGGAUGAACCAAUCCAACCAACUGGUUUAGUACUAACAGCCCCAGGUAGCGUUACAGGUUCAUAUGAUCUAAAUAUACUUGGAGAUGGACGAAGUUUAACAUAUGAAAAUUUCAUUUAUAUUGCAUUCACUGGAACUUUUAAAAAUGAUAGCGAUCUUGGAUCAGAAGAUAAUGGUUCAGAUCCAUUAGAUGUAGAAACACAAAGAUUGGUGUUGGAAGCAGGCCCUGGAGGUUGGGUUGUUCUUCGUAGAAAACAAUACGGUGCUAGAUCUCAACUUUGGAGAAUGAGUAGCGAUGGACAAUUACAACAUGAAGGUUCUAGUCCUCCAAGGGAUAAACAUUCAAAAACACCGGAUACAGUAUUAGUAUUGGAUAUAGCAGGCACAGCACCACAACCAUUUACUUAUUGUGCUCUAGCAUUAAGAAAACCAGAUCCAAGACGAAGAUCUACACAAACAUGGCGAUUUACGGAUGAUGGACGAUUGUGUUGUGCACAUAGGAAUAUGUGUGUCCAAUCAAAAGAUGGAUUUAUGGGAUUACACGAAGGCGGCAGUGUUGCCCGUUGGCACAUGUGGAGCGAGGCCGUAUUAGGUCCACAAACUCAUACGAAUCCACCACCUGUCGAACAACGAGUUAGAAAACAAAAAUUACGACCAGGUUCUGGCUUCUUAUCAGUGAAAGUAAUUACUGAUGGUCCAACACGCGUUUUACAAAUAUUAGAUAUUAAAGAAAGGAAAAAGACAUUUGCUUUACUCGAAGAACGUGAUUGGUCUCAUAUUGCUGUUACUCAACGUCCUACGCAUGUUCGCGUUGAUACUGAAAAUCCCGAUUUUCAUGAAUUGCGAUUAAAUGUCAAUUUACCAACAGGUUUGGGAUUAUCAAUUGUAUCACAAAGACCACCUGAGGAAUUAUUGUUUGCACGAUUCGCUGGUAUAAAUUUGGAACUCACGCAAACAAACGUUAAUACAAUAUUAGAUUUAAGCGUUGAAGAUGUGCAAAUUGAUAAUCAACUUGUUGAAGCACAAUGUACAUCUGUUUUGUAUGUUACUCGUUCUCCGCGCACAGAAAAUAAUCACCGACCUGCAAUACAAGUGGCUGUAGAAAAAUUAAAAUCUAAAAAUCAAAAUGCCGAAAUUUACAAACAUUUGAUAGUUACCAUUAAACCAUUGUGUAUACAUCUUGAAGAAAAAUUAAUUUUGAAGUUAGCAGCUUUCGUAGGAGCUGGUAGAUCAGAGAUGGAAGUACCUCUUGAUGAAAAUGAUUUUAAAGCACAAAGAUUUAUUUCCGAAGUAUCUGCUUCUCAUGCUAAACGAUAUUAUUUUGGUGCAUUAAAACUAAUCCCUAAUCAGGUAAAGCUUAGUGUGCUGACCACUACGAAAUUGCCAUCGCAUCUUCAAGCAAUAAAAAGAAAAUUGGGUUUAACUUUGAUCAAAUUUGAAGAUGCCACGAUUGAAUUAGAACCAUUUGUUAAAAGACAUCCUUUUGAAAAUAUCCAAUUUUUAUUGCAUUCGAUUAUAAAACAUUACAAAGAUGAAUUAAAAUGGCAAGCAGCUGUUAUAUUAGGAUCUGUAGACUUUUUGGGUAAUCCUCUUGGAUUUAUGAACGAUGUCACAGAAGGGGUUUCUGGUUUAAUAUAUGAAGGCAGUGUAAAAACUUUAGUGAAAAAUGUCACACACGGUAUAUCAAAUUCAGCAGCUAAAGUUACAGAAUCUUUAUCAGAUGGUUUAGGACGUGUAAUUAUGGAUGAGAGACACGAAGAAGCCAGGCAAAGAAUUCGAGCAAAUACUGCAGGCAGUAGUGAUCAUUUAGUUGCUGGUCUGAAAGGACUUGGCUUUGGCUUAUUAGGUGGUGUUACAAGUAUUUUUAAACAAACCUAUGAUGGAGCUACUAACGAAGGCUUUCCAGGUUUCUUUGCUGGCUUUGGUAAAGGAGUAGUAGGAACUAUUACAAAACCAGUCGUGGGUGUAUUAGAUCUUGCUACAGAAACUGCUACUGCAGUACGAGAGACAAGUAGAAGUGCUCAUCGUGCAAUACCAAAACGUGACAGACCUCCACGUAUUGCUAGUGGUGCAGCUGUUUUAUUACCACCCUAUAAUCGACAACAGGCCGAGGGACAAGAAUUUCUUUAUAGUAUUAACAAUCGUGAUUAUUCAGAGUUACUUUUGGCGUAUGAAUGUUUACGCAGCGGUACUGAAAGUUUAAAAGUACUUGUGUCAAAUGAAAGGGUGCGUGUUAUUUCUGGAGGAGCAAAAGCUGUCGUGACUGAAGUUAAUUUAGCAGAUCUUUUUUAUUGUCAACCAAUGCAUAAAAAUGAAAGUAAUGGCACAACGUUAUAUUAUAUAGAAUUAAUAUCUAGAACAGAUUCAGGAUCAUUAACUGUUGAUGGUUCUGAGCUGUUAAGAAGACCAAAAGUUCGUUGCGAUAAUGAGGAAGUUGCUAAACAUGUUUCACGACAAAUCAAUUAUGCUAAGGGAAUGCAUGAAGAGCGCUGUUUAACACUUUCAUCUUCUGACAAUAUGCUUGAUGAUGUUCAAUCCUACAAGUAGUCAUAUAAUAAUGUUUUGGAUUUAACUUGAGAAUAAUUUACUUUUCUUGAUAAACUAGUCAAAAGAUCUUUUCUUACAGUGCACAUCAGCAAUGCCUUAUUACGCUUAAAAUAAUUGGUAAUAAGACUGAUGCAAGGCACAAUAUGCUGCUGUGUUAUAAAGAAUACUAAAUAAUUUUAUUUUUGGUAGUAUAUAGUUCUGCACUUAAUUAUUAAAUAAUUUAAUACAUUCUAUUAACUCGCACAUAUAGUACAUAUAAUUUUUAUACAAACUGAUAUGAAAAAAAAAA